CAUAACAUUUAUCAUUUUUCACCCAAUUAGGUUAUCAGUUACGAAAUCUCUAGCCACAUUCAUGGCGGACGAAACCCUUGACGUCGCCGGCCGGAAGCGCUCGAAUCCCGACGACCAGAUUUCCUCCGCUAAAAAGCAGCAACUCAUCACCAAUUCGCAUGACCUUGAGUACUUGGAUCCGGCGGCGGCGCUAGCCAGCGCCCGCCACGAGUUCGGCGAGCACGGCGGCGUCAACAUGUCGAUCGAGGCCUCCGCUACCUUCACAGUCAUGGAGCCGGAAACCCUAGGCCGGAUGUUCACCGGAGAGCUCGGCCCCGACCGCGAUUUCUUCCUCUACAGCCGCCACUUCAACCCCACCGUCCUGAACCUCGGCCGUCUCAUGGCCGCCAUGGAAGGCACCGAGGCGGCCUACUGCACCUCCUCCGGCAUGUCCGCCAUAUCCGCUGUCCUCCUCCAGCUCUGCAGCUCCGGCGGGCACGUGGUGGCCGCCUCCACCGUCUACGGCGGCACCCACGCGCUCCUCACGCACUUCCUCCCCCGAGCCUGCAACAUAACGACGUCGUUUGUGGACAUAAGGGACCACGAGAUGGUCCGUACGGCCAUCGUCGAGGGCAGGACCAAGGUCCUCUACUUCGAGACGAUGUCGAACCCCACGCUGACGGUGGCUAACGUGCCGGAGCUGUGCAGGAUAGCGCACGAUAAGGGGGUCACGGCGGUGGUCGACAACACGUUUGCUCCGAUGGUGGUGUCGCCGGCGAGACUCGGCGCCGACGUCGUCAUUCACAGCAUUUCUAAGUACAUCAGCGGUGGGGCCGACGUUAUCGCAGGUGCAGUGUGUGGGCGGGCGGGGCUAGUGAACUCGAUGAUGGAUAUGCAGCAGGGCGCGCUAAUGCUCCUGGGCCCGACGAUGAACCCGAAGGUAGCCUUCGAGAUCUCGGAGCGGCUGCCGCACUUAGGUCUAAGGAUGAAGGAGCACUGCCGGCGGGCGAUGGUGUACGCAGCGCGAAUGAAGAAGCUCGGCCUCAAAGUCAUCUAUCCGGGGCUGGAGGAUCAUCCGGACCACGGCCUUCUGAAGUCAAUGGCGAACCCAGACUACGGCUACGGCGGGGUGCUCUGCCUGGACAUGGGGUCGGAGGAGACGGCGUACGGGCUGAUGACGGUCCUGCAGAACAGCACACAGUUCGGGUUCAUGGCGGUGAGCUUGGGGUACUAUGAGACGCUGAUGUCGUGCUCGGGUAGCAGCACGAGCAGCGAGCUGAGCGAGGCGGAGAAGACGCAGACGGGGAUCUCGCCGGGGCUGAUUAGGAUGUCGGUCGGAUAUAACGGCACUCUCGAGCAGAAAUGGGCACUCUUUGAGAAGGCCCUGGCGAGGAUGGACAAUCUUUGAGAUGCUAAGGCAGAUCGUGAUCAGCCUCAACUGAUCAAGAACACUAUUAAUGAAUAAUUAUAAUAAGGAUGAAUUCAGAUCAAGUAUCAUAUUAGUGGAUCGUCUUCUUAAUCUAAUCUGGGUGUGUUGGAACUUGCCUGUCGAUCUGGUCUGCUCUCUGAAUUUGAACUAUGUUGCCUUGUUAAUCAUAUAAUAUUAUAUUAAAUUAUAUAUUUAUAUUUAA